ACGAGUAUAAACAAAUAUUCGAGGUUUGUGUAUUCUGCAUAGUAAAAUAAAUUUCGUCAUUCACUCUUGUUGAGAUCUCGCACAACAUCACUUUUCCUAUUGAAGACUAAACAUGAUACAAUCAACAGAAUGGCUGGCAGACUUUUAUUCUACAAUAUAGGCAGGAAGCACUCUAUUAUACGAUAACCAUGCCUGAGUGAUGUUCAGAUUAUUCGAAUAAGCCUUUCGUCAAGGUUAGCCAUAUCUUCGACAAAAACUGACUUGCAGCAUUUCUAAAAAUCGCACGUGUUUCGAAUGCGACUCGUCCCGUAUCGCGUAAAAAUCUAGUGUAGCAAAAACAAUCCUAUAAACUAAUAUUUUUUGUGUACAGUGCAGUUGUUAUCUUAACCUUUGUGUCUCUGAUGUUUUUGUUUGUUAGCGAACUUUGUGCGGAAGUUUUAAUUACUUUUUUAUUGUGACUUGGAAUUUCCGACUCGUUUCAAAGACGCUGUACUUAUCCGGACAGUUUUAUUGUGAGUACGAUUGUAAAAAAUACGCAGCAGAUUGCAUCGUCGUUGUUAUAAGCCGGUAUUUAUUAAUAUUGCAUGAAAAGCCGGUGGUGAUGGCAUAGCCACCACGGGCGCAGGUCGCAGAGAGCAUGGCCAGAGUGCGGAUGGUCAGAUGGACUUGGGCUGUGUUGGCUGGACUGUGCGCUCUGGCCACAUGCGAAGUGCAACAGCAAUGUCCCCCGCGAACAGACAUCGCGCCUUGUACCUGCCAGGUGAAGAAAAACGGUCUAGACGUGCUGUGCGAACUGACCGACCAGCAACACAUCAACGACGCCAUGGCCGGGCUCAAGGGGAAGCCUCUGGUCAUCUUUUAUCUCAAGCUGCGCCACAACAAUCUGAGAAAACUGCCCGGGUUCGUGUUUCUCGGUCUGGACAUCCGCCACCUCACCAUUCACAACAGUAGCUUGUCGGUAGUAGAAGAAGCCUCGCUGACUUCUAUAGGUAAGAUGCUAACGCAGCUAGACGUCUCCCAGAACAGCCUGACGCAAGUUCCGUCUCCAGCCAUCAGAAACCUGCACCACCUCCUCAUCUUGAAUAUGAAUCACAACAAGAUUAGUAGUCUACAUGCCAAAGCCUUCCAAGGACUCGACACCCUCGAAAUCCUCACUCUCUACGAAAACAAGAUAAAUAAUAUCGACCCUGAAGCGUUCGUGGGUCUCGGCAAGAAGUUGAAAAGGUUGAAUUUGGGUGGCAACGGGUUGACUUCGGUGCCCCAGAAGGCUCUGUCAAUUCUUGACACCUUGAAGAAGCUGGAGAUGCAAGAAAAUCGAAUUAGCGAAAUCAGAGAAGGAGACUUCGAAGGACUGAGAACUCUCGACUCCUUGGGUCUGGCCCACAACAAACUGAGGCAGGUCCCACCCAGAGUGUUCUCUCACCUUGGCUUGCUGAAUUCUUUGGAACUGGAUGGCAACAACAUUGAUAAAAUAGACCCGGAGGCUUUCGCAGGACUGGAAGAGAACCUCCAGUACCUGCGACUGGGCGACAAUAACAUCCACACCAUCCCCACGGAGGCGUUAAAGCGGCUGCACCGGCUCCGUCAUCUGGACUUGAGAGCCAACAACAUCUCAUAUAUAGCGGAGGACGCUUUUUCCGGAUUCGGGGACUCGAUUACAUUCCUCAACCUGCAAAAGAACGACAUAAGGUCUUUAUCCGGACUCAUAUUCGAGAACCUAAACUCCUUGGAAACCCUGAAUUUGCAAAACAACAAGCUGAUGCACGUUACGGAGGACGUGAUGGAGCCAAUAUUGGAUACUCUCAGAGUUGUUGAUAUCAUGGAUAAUCCUUUGGUCUGCGAUUGUGAGUUACAGUGGUACAAGAACUGGCUUAGCACGCUAAAGGACAAGGACGACGAGAUGAUGCAGAAGAAGCGCACGGUGUGCACCAUCCAGCACGAGCAUAGGGAAUACAGCCUGCAGAGCUUGCCUCUGGAGAAGAUGAACUGCGUCAUCAAGUCGUACGGAAACGUACAGAUGAGCAGCUCCACCAACAACCGAGUCAGUCUUCUGACACAGAUGGCCGUCAGCAUAUGCAUUUUAGCUAGGUAUAUUUAACGUUAGGGUUUUACUAGUGAGUUUUCAUUUGUAAUUAGAGUAUACACAUAUAGGAGUAUAAAGAUAUUUAGCGAGGAGAAAUUUUAUAUUUAAAAGUUGAUAGAUUUAAUCUUCUUUGCGAGUACACUAGAGCUUGUACUUUUGCUUAUACUCUAGUUGAGCUUGUUUGCUUCACACAACUUAUAUCUAGAUGUCUUUUAUAGAAUGGUAUCCUUUGGACCUGCGGGACUUGAACGUUUGUUGAAAAAAAUAAUAGCUUUAAACAUUCGGCUAACUGAUUGUGUCUCUUGCGACAAAAGUCCAAGGCCGGUGGGUUCGAAGCGGUGUUUUAUACAUAUCAGAACGUUCCUUGAACUAAAGGAAAUAGACUCGUGUACCAGGGGAUGAUAGAAAUCCACCACUUAACCUUUACGUGUCCCAGUUUACUCUAUAUCUGUAUUUUAUCUAUAUAUCUUGAUGUUUACGGAAUGUCUAGUUGUAUUUGUAGGUGUUUAAGGAACUUACAAUUUUUUUACGAGUACGUUGAGUUGGGAACAUCGCACGCCAGACUCGAAUUCAUUUUCAUUUGGGACAAAAAUUGGCCUACAUAUCAAGGUGGAUGGAAAAAAAUCAUAUCAAUCGUGCCGCAUUAAUUGUAAUACAACUUAUUUUAUGAAAAAGGUACUCCGAGAGGUUCAAGUCUUGCGAGACAGUAAAGUUCUACGCAUACGAGUUGCUUGUAUCCAUGGAAUUUUAUGUGAGAUUUGAAUCCCUUAGGCAUCGGAUUUUUUGUAAGAUAGGCGGGAGCCAAAAGUGCAUGUUAGUUAUAAAUGAAAUAUAUUUAUCUGAAAAUGUGAGCUUCAAUAUCCAUAUCAUUAAUUGUUAAAAUUAUAUUUAUAAGAGUAUAUACGAUAGACGUAGAAUUAGAGGUAAGCAUUUGUCAAUGCACUUGUGUGUGUUCACCAAAUUGGAAAAGAUACCUACUUCAUGCAAUUUUUGCUCUACACGUACCUAAUAAACUAGUAUCUAGAGUGGUUAGUAUUGAGAAACCAGAAGAGAUCCCAUUGUUUAAAACCUUUUUCCCAGUCUGCAUUGCCAUAACAAAAAGACCGACCACGGAACUGGAAAACUUGCAUGAAGGAUCAAAAUUAAUUAGAAAAAGGUUUUAAAAAUUAUUAGAGAGCAAUAUUUUUUACUAAUACCUACUUCAGGCUGAAGAGCCAAAAACUAAACAUAUCAUAUAUAAAAUUAUCUUUAGACUAUCUGCGAUACGUGUUACUGAGAUAUCCCAAGGAUAUUUUGUAAUAUUCGUUAGUGACUAGCGGACAGAGUCGUGCAAUUGAUAAAUGGAAGUAUUUUUGUGGCAAUGUUUGGGCCCGCCGCGAACGCCGGCUCCGGCCAGACCAUUUCGAGACAUAUCCGGCCGAGGCAGAGCACAGCUUCGCGUCCCUAUGGAUGCUCAAAGCAAAAGCACAAUAUUUUUCUAAGAUUUCUAGUGUCAGGUCGUUAUCGCAUGGGGACGCGAAGAGCUCGCCCGCCACCCCAUUUUUUACUAUUUUACCAUAUCAGGUGUAUGUGUAACUAUGUAUAACGCACUACUCGGUAACGAGGUACUUGUGUAUUCAUUAUAAAGAUGGCUGUUGUGUACUGUGUCAUAAUAUAUUCAGAAUAUAUUCAGUGUUUCCAAUUGUAACAUUCUACAUAAAUGUCAAAUUCAAUAAAGAGAUUUAUGCUGACACUA